GCACAAGCCAGGCGUGCAGCACGCAGAUCUCUGCGCUGGAAACUUUCCGCGAAGAUUUGCUUGCCUUGGAAAGUAGCAUCUUUGGGAGGUAAUGGAAAACGAUCGCGACCGCUUGAUGACUUUCUUCCUGUGGUAGGUCAGCCCAAUCUUCCAAAAAUAAAAAAAAGCGUGACCCAAGCCAACCACAGAGAACGGAAAAAAGAGAGAGCUGCACUUCCGAACCGCAGACCCGGCGCCCGGCAGGGCGACGCUUCCACCCGCACCGGCUCCCCUCUGUAGCCGGCACCCUGCCCAUUUUUCACCCGCGGGGUUCCGCAGCCCCCGUGAGGCGAGCGACCCGCGCGCCCUCAGUCCCGCCGGCGCCCCUGCCUCGGGACGGGCUCACCCGGGACUUGCCUUCCCUGGAGAAGAACAGGUUAGAAAUGCGGGCGCCUACAACGGGGACCUGGAAAACACAAAGUGUUUCCCCCUCCCUCUCCCGCUCUCUGCGCCGACUUCGCGGCCAAGGCAGGGCCAGCAGCCGACCCGCGACGAGCCGUCCGCCACCCCAACCCCCCAGAGCGCGGGCGCGUGGGGUCCUGGGGCUGGGGACGACACCGCGCCCGGCGCGCACUGCAGCCCCCGCCGAGGCAGGCCGAGCUCGGAUCAAGGGCAGCUCCGCAGGCAGCUCCCUGGAUCCCCGCGGGGAACCUGCGGGUUUAGAGAAAGGGAGGCCUGAGGAGAGACAGAGCCCACUCCUGGUCCGGCUGCACCUACUCCAUGUUGCCCACAACGCGCCGGCAAAGGCGCCAGGAGGGGAAGAGCCAAACGUGCCUCACCGUGAUCGCGGCUUUGCACCAACCCCUCUCCCUUGGAUUCUCGUCUUCCUGCGAUGUGCAAAUAAAAUCCAGCCCCGAUGCAAACUUUUCGCCCCUUCUUUCCAAACUCUGCUUCAGUCCAAGUUCCGAGCAAUCGGCGGGAGGGAAAAAAAAAAGGAGGAAAAUCCGGGGCCAAGUCCCCAGCCGAUGAACACUCCGGGGUUCGGGGCUGGGGACGACCCCCCUUCCAGAAACGCACGCGGAGUAUUUCCUUUUUCUCAAUGA